AUGGAAAAUGUAAACCAAUCAUUCAAAGAUUUGCUUCACAAAAUAGCCAAGGAACAGAAGUUUGUCGACUACAAUAUAGACAUCAAGGAAAUAUCGAGUGGAGGAGCUAACUAUACAUCCAAGUUGUUUGCAGUGAGCAUUUCUGAAGGUUCUAACACACUGCGGCUGUUCUGCAAAGUCGCAGCCAUCGGUGAGAAGAUGCGAGCUCAAAUGGACAAAAUAUACACAACAGAACACUUUUUCUACACAAAACUUGGAAAAAAUUACCGAAACAUUGAAAACCACUGUGAAUUACCAGACGAACUUAAGUUAAAUGUUAGCAAGUACUACGGAAGCAUUACUGAACUGAACGAAGAAGCGAUGGUGCUGGAGGACCUCGUAGCAGCCGGGUACGAGGCUUACGACCGGUUCAAGUCGAUAGACUGGCCGUACGCGCAGGCAGCGACCCGGGAACUGGCCAAGUUGCACGCAUGCGCCUGGGCAUACGGUAAACAGGAUCCCGAAGGGUUUGAGGAAAUUCUGAAAAAACUGACGUUUGAUGUCAAUAUGGAUGAACCUGAAAUGAAGGCUUAUAUGACAAACGUGAUUGAUAAAUCAGUUAAAAUAGUUCGAGACGAAAACAAAGAAAUGUUCAAGAAGUAUUGCGAUAAUUUCGACUUCGACGCAUAUACAGCGACUAAUAAAAGGAGCCGACGGCUGGUGCUGAACCACGGAGACUUCAGGCCCAGUAACUUGAUGCACAAGUACCUUGACGAUGGCUCCGUAGACAUCAAGGUCGUGGACCUUCAGACGCUGCAGGGUGGCAGUCCAGUCAGCGACCUGAUCUACUUCAUCUUCUCAGGAUCAGAUGAGGAGUUCCGUGCGCAAUAUUUCGACAAACUGCUGGACCACUACUAUACAGAGCUCAGUGCUGCCAUGAGGAGGUUACAGCUCAACCCUGAUGAGAUCUUCUCCAGGGAAGACUUCGAUUAUGAGAUUAACGAGAAACUGCCAUUCGGUCUGACUCUGGCCACGUUUCUCAUACCACUCGUCACAAUAGACAUGGAGAAUGCUCCCCAGGUGGACGAGUCUCUCGACAUCUCCAAGUUCAACGUGGAGAAGACCAGCGACCUGUGCGCGGAGAGGCUGAACGGAGUUGUCAACGACUACGUCAAGUGGGGGAUUCUUAAAUAA